AUGGCCACAGGCGAGGCGGUGGCAGUGUGCAUGGACGCCAGCGGGCAUCUGGCGAUCUGCAGCUGCGCUGACGGCAGCGUGGCGGUGUACGACGUGGACGCUGGCGUACUGCUAGCCCGUGGGUCGGGUCACAGCGACGUCUGCACGGGGGCCGUGUUGUUGGAGGACCAUCGCGGCCUGGUGACGGUGGGCGGGGACGGCUGCGCGCUGCUGUGGCGGCUGACGCCGCGCUUGGCGCAGCGCAUGCAGGAAGCGGCGGGGGAGGCACGCAGG